AUGGCCCACCGACCUCGCCGCUUCACUGACCUUCUCCAGGACUGGAGUGAGUUGCUGAAUGAGGCCGCUGAGGCUUGGGAGGACAAGUCGGUGGUCUUGGCAGCAGUGAGCUCUUGCGGUUGGGCCUUGCGCUAUGCAUCCGAGGAGCUGAAGAAUGACCAGGAUGUGGCAUUAGCUGCUGUGCAGCAGAACGGCUUAGCUUUGCAGUUCGCCUCGCCGGCGCUGCGCGCCCAGCGCGCCCUGGCGCUGGCCGCGGUGGCGCAGUGCGGCCGCGCCUUCGCCUUCGCGGCGGAGGAGCUGCGGAGGGAGCGGAGCUUCGUGCUGGCGGCGGCCGGGCGAAACGGCCAUGUGCUGAAGUACGUGGAGGAGGCCCUGCAAGACGAGGAGGUGGUCCAACAGGCCAUCGAGCAGUGCGGCAGCGCUUUGAGCGAUGUCUUAGGCGAUGCCUUUGAGGAGAGCUCCAGGCAGAAGAAGAUCAAACACGUGCUCCUGGACAAGGCAUGCAUAGGGCGCACUCCUGAGAAAGCUCCUUCUUCAGCAUUCUGUCAGGAGCAGAUCCCCAACAUUUGCUUCUUCGGCCUGGACACCGACACCUCCUCCGCGCCCGGCGCGCGCGGGGUGCAGCGCGCGCUGGGCCCCGCCGGAGCGGGGCUGCUGGAGAUGGCGGCGCUGGGGUUGCCGGUGCCACGGGGGUUCUGCCUCACGGAUGGAGCGCAGUGGGGCGAGGCGAAAAUGGCCUUGAGGCAGUUGGAGGCCGAGUUGGGGGGUUGGAGUUGGCGGGUCCGUGGACCGCUGCUCUUAUCGCUGCGGAACGGGCAGACCGAGAUCUCCAACUUGGGCUUGACCGACGAGAUUGCCUUGCAACUGGCGACGGAGGGGAUAUCGUAUGAGAACGCCAACUGCGCGUGGGACUCCUACCGCCGCCUGGUGGUCUCCUAUGCCAAGACGGUGCACCGCCUAAGCGCGGAGCCCUUCGACGCGGAGCUUUCCAAGCUCAAGGACCAGCUCGCAACCAAGGAUCAUCUUGGUGGUCGCUUGGAAGAUUGGCAGCUGCCCACCCGCGAGCUGGAGAAGUUGGUGGAGACUUACAAGCUCAUCUUCGAAGACCAGACUGGAGAAGCCUUUCCUCAGGACCCAGCGGCACCGCCCCAAUCGGGUGGAGAGCUGGACCCGGAAGUCCAGUUCAAGAAGUCCCUGGCGGCGCUGGAGGGCACGGUGAUCGUCGAGAGCAUGGUCUUCGGCAACUACGACUUCGACUCCGGCGUCGGCGUGCUGCAGCUGCAGGAGCCCGGCCUCAACGGCGCCUGGCUGCCGAAGGCGCAGCGCGAGGACCUGCCGGAGCGACCGCGCCGGUCGCUGUCGAAGCAGCACUCCCAGGACUGGGCCAAGGCCAAUGCGAUCUCUGAGAGCGUGCGCGAGACCGAGUUCCUGUCCUUGGAAGAGAAGUUCUUGCCCGUUUGCGCCGGUCUGGCGCAUUGCAAGGACGACGUGUUGUUGAAGGCUCACCUUCAGGUGGAUGCCGUGCACUUUGCGGUCCAGCAAGGCCGUUUGUGGCUCCUCGGCCCGGCGCCCACGUCGCCGGCGAGCGCGUCCACGGCCAGUGGGGGCAGCGAGUGCAGCCGCUUGGGUUCGGUGCGUGGGGAGAGAAUCGAUGGGUUUGUGGAGAUUGAUUGUGGUGGAUGGAGGUGGGAUAUAGAACAUGAUAGGAACUUUCUGUUUACAAAAGGGGAAGGUGAAAGAGGGUCGACUAAGUCUAAGCUACCUUUUUUGGCACUUGCCCAUGAUUGUCGGACCUUAGCCAGACUUGGCCGAAAGCUCCGAGGCCUUUUGGAGGAGCCGGAGGAGCUGCCAGAGCCGAUUCCACCUGAGCCAGAGCUCGAGCUGCCGGAGCUUUUCGAGGAGUCUGAGCUUCCCGAGACUGCUCCUGAGCCGCUGCCGGCCGCUGCGACCGAGCUCCCUGAACUCGUGACCCGCCGCGACGGCUUCCGCAGCUUCGGCGUUCGCGGCGGCGGCGCGGUGCGCCUGCGCUUCUGGGGCCGCGGAAGGAAAGCGCCGGCGGCGGCGCCGGCGCCGGCGGCCACGGUGGAGGAGACGACGGUGGCACGGCUGGCGCUGCCGGUGUGGCAGACGAUGUUGGCCGGCGGGUUGGCAUGCGUGGCUCACCGGGCUGUUGCUGGGAGUGUGGAGGACUUGCUGAAGCGCGGAGGGGUGCGGCAGGCGCCCCAGGCGAGGAGUGUUGGGGUGGAAAUGUCGUUCGGUACGGAGGCCGUGGGGGGAACGGGACGUUCUUUUUUUCAAGUUGGAACUAGCCGGCGUUUCGCGGAUCUCCACACGCACUGGCGACGCUGUGCAGGUUCUGGCCAAGAACCUGCUGAAGUUCUCUGGGGGAUUUCCUUUUGGGGCUUUGUGCUGCAGCUUGUAUGUGCCUUGGUGAAGCCAAGAUAG